AUGUCUGCCCUCAACGCGCUCGCCUCAAUGUCGGGCCCCCAGGGCGGCUUUGGCGGCCUUGGCGCCAUGGGGCUGACGCCCGCGCAGCAGCACCACGCGAUGGCCGCCGCCGCCGCAGCCGCGGCCGCCGCCGCCAACAUGCAGCAGCAGCAACAGCAGCAGCAGCAGCAGCUGCAGCAGCACCACAUGCAGCAGGCGCAGCAGCAGCAGCAACAGCAGGCCGCUGCUCUGCACCAGCAGCACCAGCAGCUCAUCGCCGCGACGCAGGGCAUGCACCCCGCCGCCGCCGCCGCCCUCAUGCAGUCUGCCGUCGCCGCCGCUGCCGCCGCGGCCGCCGCGUCGUCGGCCCAGGCACCGCCCCCGCCGCCGCCGGCCCCGCAGAUGGCACCCCAGAUGACUCAGGGCGCGCCACCCGGCCAGGGCGGCGGCGCCGCCGCCAACGCGGCGGUGCUCCAGGCGCACGCCGCGCUGAUCCAGCACCACCUGGCCGCGCAGCGCGCCGCCGCGGCCGCCGCCGCCGCGGGCCUCACGCCCCAGCAGGUCGCGGCGCUGUCCGCGGGCCUGCAGCCCGGCGGCCCCGGCGCGGGCGCGGGCGUGGGCUCGGGCGCCGGCGGCGCGCAGGGCGGCGCGGCGGCGCUCGGCGGCGGCGCCCCGCAGGCCCCUCCGGGGCUGAUGCCUGGUGUCGGGCACGCGCAGUUCCCCGGCAUGCUGCCCGUCCACCCUGGCGGCAUCCUGCCCCCCGGCCUCGACCUUUCAUUCCUGUGA